CCGUAUGUGGUAAGGGUAACCGUUAUGUAGGGGUAAUUACCGUUUCCCCCUCAAACAAUUGCACCGCCCCCUCUCUUUCUCUCCCUUUCCUUCUUUCUCCCCUCUAUCUUCUUUGACCGUACUCCCAAAUUCGAUUGAAUCUCAAGAUUUCACCGUUUCUAUGUUGCGGUCUAUGUCUGAUUCAAAAUCAUGUGCAAACAAUGAAGCAAAUCUAUAGAAAGUAAACACCCCUCAUAAAUGUCUGGGUAGCCCCAUUGGUUACCAUGCCAAUUGUGAACUUUACUGCUUGUAGCUCUGGUUAAGUCUUUGAACCAAUAUUUUCGGAAUGGAAGGAACAUGUUGUGAUAGCAACUUGGAGUCUCUGUCAGCUGGCGUUUAUGAUUUGCCUGGAGAACCAGCUGUAGUGAUUAAUGGUGUCCCUGAUGUACCUGUUGUGGAGGAUGGCAAUAUAAUCCAAGGCAUUGAUCUAGCAGACAGAACACCAAGUACCGUAAAACUUUGCAAUUCUGCUUCUGAUACUGGAAAGCGAAAAAAUACUGGUUUUGGCGAAUGGCUAGAGGGAAGAAAAGUAGAAAAACUAUUUGAUGGGAGAUAUUAUUUGGGUAGAGUGACUGAAUUUGACAAAGAAUCCGGGUGGUACAGAGUUGUGUACGAGGAUGGUGAUUUGGAAGAUCUUGAGUGGCAUGAGUUGCAGGAUGUGCUUCAACCAUUGGACAUAACCAUGCCUCUGAAAUCAUUAGCAUUGAAGAUGAUACACAAGAGCCAGAAAUCUGAACCUGGAAUUGAGACAAAUGUAGCUACGGAGAUAAAACGUGGGGGGAAAACUCGGGGUCGUAGAGGUAGGCCCCCUUCAAGGAACUUGGUCGACACAGAUUGAUGGAUGUGUAACAGGCAAAUGGACUAAAAGACAGCAACUGGCUGAAAUGCAAAUUGAAAAUUUAGAGUAGCUACCUCCUGAUGGUUGGAAACUUGGGAUUAUGUUGUCUUUGUGUUUCUUUCGUCUCUUUUUUGUGUAUAGUGGUGGCUGAAAUGCAAAUUGUGUAUCAAGAUAUAUUGGUUUUAGUUGAGUCAUUGCAUCAUUUGGAUGAACUA